GACCAUGGCACCUCCACCAGAGCCGUUCCGUCCGGCGCUUCUCAUCGUGGACGUUCAAGAAGACUUUUGCCCACCGGAUGGCGCGCUCGCCGUACCUGGCGGCCGGGAAAUCCUCCCAAUAAUCAACGAGCUCCUCGAGCUCCCCUUCGUCCUCAAGAUCGCGACGAAGGACCACCACCCGCCCGACCACGUCUCCUUCGCCUCAAACCACUUCAACGCGCAGCCCUUCCUCUCCACCACCACCAUCACCAACCCCGCCAACCCCGCAGAGACGUACGAGACGCGCCUCUGGCCCGUCCACUGCGUCACGGGCACCCCAGGCAACGCGCUCGUCCCCGCGCUCACCCUCACGCGCCUCGACGCCGUCGUCGAGAAGGGCACCGACCCGCGCGUGGAGAUGUACUCCGCGUUCCGUGCCCCGCUGCGCUCCCCGCCGCUCGCGGCCGCGACGAGCGACCUCGAAGCCCGCCUCCGCGCGGCGCGCGUCUCGCACGUGUUCGUGGUGGGACUCGCGGGCGACUACUGCGUGAAGGCGUCGGCGCGGGACAGUGCGGAGCUGGGGUGGCGCACGUAUGUGGUGGAGGAGGCUGUGCGCAGCGUCGGAGGCGCCGCGGCGUGGGCGGAAACUGUGGCUGAGCUGGAGGGUGUCGGCGUGACCGUGGUGCACGCUGAUGGCGAGGAAGUGGGGUGGGUGAGAGCGUCGGGUGGUCAGGUGUAAUGUAUAUCCAGCCCUCGGGAGCGGAGAGGAUCAAUGCAUAAUAUGGGGUACUUCGAGGGAGUCGGGGAUAACUUCGCAAUUUAGCAGGUGGAGCGUGCU